CAUAUGGAUAAUAAACGAUUCCAACAUCCUUGGUUUCCAGGAAGUCUGGAAAUUCAAAGCUUUCAAUUCAAAUAGCAGUUGAUCUGGGCUUCUUAUCGGCUUCAAUAUUGCUAUUUUCUUUUUCAUGUUCUUGAGAUCUUCGUUUCGAUCAUCAGCAACAUGAGCAGUUCCAACACUAUCGUCCCAUAUGGCCGCCGACUCGUGCCUGUAGUCAUCGACGAAAUUGCUCAAAACGACCCAGAGAGAGUCUUCGCGUCAAUACCAAAGACUACCGAUUUGAGCGAGGGCUACGUCGAUGUCACAUAUGAUGCCUUUUCCAGAGCAAUUAAUCGCGCCGCUACUUUUCUGGAAAGAACAUUUGGCAGAAGUGGAAGCUUCGAAACUCUCGCCUACUUGGGUCCCUUUGAUGUCAGAUAUUACAUUCUAGCAUGUGGUGCCUCCAAGGUUGGAUAUAAGCUGCUUCUCCCGUCCCCUCGCAAUAGCCUAGAAGGACAACUCAACCUCUUCAAAUCCACAGAAUGCGAAGCUCUCUUAACUUCUGAAGGUUACAACCUCUCCCCGCAGCUCAUUUCCGAAUCCGGACUCACCCCAAUCUCAAUUCCAUCACUUGCCACCUUCCUUGCCAAAGGCGAAGUUCCGCACUAUCCAUUCAUCAAGACUUACGAGGAAGCAAAGAACGAUCUAUUUAUUGUGCUUCACACUUCUGGAUCAACUGGUUUUCCUAAACCGAUAGUCCUCAAGCACGGAUGGCCGAGUGCCAUGGAUGCGUUCAAUGAGCUAGAGCCUAUUGAUGGGUAUGAGCAUUUGUGGUUGAAGUUAAGGAAUAGGAGGACUUUUGUUGGACUUCCGCCUUUUCAUGCUGCUGGGGUUAUUACUGCUUUGCUGGCACCACUUUGGUUCAACAUGAUUACUGUUUGGCAGCCAUCAAAUCGACCUCUCAGCGCUGUACUUGUAGAUGAAGUUCUCGAUGCAUCCAAUGCUGAUAUGAUCUACCUUGCGCCAUCAAUCAUCGAAGAUAUGGUGCAAUCGCCAGCCUCGUUGCAAAGACUGGAACGUCUUGCUGUGAUUGGCUAUGGUGGAGCUCCCUUGGACCCUCGAGUUGGAGACUUGCUGUCGAAAAAGACCAAAAUCGUCAACACGAACGGCUCAACCGAGAUGGGCCCAUUGUCAUAUUGGGAUAAAGCACCAGAGGACUGGGCAUACUUCCAUUACAACCCCGCUGACAAAGGUGUCGAGUUUCGUCCCGUGGGCGAUGGCGCUUAUGAACAGGUCUUCGUUCGCCAUCCAUCAACCGACCGAUAUCACUCCGCUUGGUGGACAUUUCCGCGUCUCGAGGAAUACUCUAUGAAUGACCUCUACACUCCACAUCCAACGAAAGCUAACCUUUGGCUCUAUGCUGGAAGAGCAGAUGAUGUGAUUGUACUAAGCAAUGGGGAGAAGUUGAAUCCGACUAAUAUGGAAGUUACACUUCGUCAACAUCCGAGCGUGAAAGGCGCUUUGGUAGUCGGUCAAUCAAGGUUUGCACCUGCUGCUAUUAUGGAAUUGAAAGGUGAUGUGGCGAGAACUCUCACUGGUCCGCAAGAUAAGGCAACCUUUCUCGAAGAUGAGAUUUGGCCAUUGGUAGUCAAGGCAAAUGAAGCUGCACCAGCCCAUGCACGGCUGAGUCUUGAUAGGCUUAUCUUCAGUAAUGCUGAGAAACCAUUUGCGAGAGCUGGGAAAGAGACAGUGCAGAGGGGUGCUACGGUCAAGCUUUAUGCUGACGAGAUCGAGGAAAUCUACACGAGGAGUGAAGAGAGUCAAGAUGGGGCUCAUUUGCCGAAGAUCAACGUCGGUGAAGACUCGAAUAUUCUGGAAGUUGAACUUGGAAAAUUGAUUCAAGGUGUUACAAAAGUCACGAAUUUGGAGCGGGAGCAAGAUUUCUUUACUACGGGGAUAGAUUCCUUGCAUGUUAUGACGGUAGUGAGGUUGCUGAAGAAGACACUGGUAGGUAUACCGCACGAGGAAAUCAGCUCGCGCCUUAUGUACAGCCACCCGAGUCUAUCUAGGCUUGCUGCGGCUUUAAAGAUCAUGGCUGAGGAUGAUGAAAUUGCAAAUGGAGAUCGGGACGGUUCUCGAGAAGCAUAUAUGCAACUGAUCCUUGCCGAAUUCAGCUCGCAACUCCCAAAAAUAUCACCCAAACUACCAGAGACAUCUCAGAACCUGGUUGUUCUACUCACAGGGAGUACGGGCUCACUUGGUUCAUAUUUGUUACAUAGCUUUCUUGCAUUUUUCGGAGUACUGAAAGUUUACUGUUUGAAUCGGAGUGCGGAUGCCGAGGAUCGACAAAUGAAGGAGAAUGCCAAGAAAGGCCUCUCCUUUGGGUGGGAAGAUCGAGUAGAGUUCUUGUAUGCUGAUAUUAGCAAGCCAAUUUUGGGACUCGGUGAGCAUGUCUACAAUAAUCUAAAAAGAGAGGUUUCUGUUGUGAUCCAUAACCAAUGGCCAGUCGACUUCAACCUUUCCCUCACUUCUUUUAUACCUCAUUUACAAGGAGUCUCGAACUUGAUCGCUUUCUCCUCCCGAUCCCCUCGUUCACCACCAAUAUUCUUCACCUCAAGCAUCGGGACUCUUGGGCAUUGGAACCAAAUCAACCCCUCCUCUCCCCUGGUUCCCGAAAUUGCACUCAAAGACCCAAGAAUACCACUCCAUCAAGGCUACAGCGAGAGCAAAUGGAUAGCUGAAAACCUCCUGGAUGCCGCGCGCCUGAAAUCAGGAGUCAGUUCUGCGAUCUUGAGAAUAGGACAAAUUACUGGUCCUGUAAAUGUUGGGAAGAAAGGUGUUUGGAAUAGGAAUGAGUGGUUUCCAAGUUUGGUGGCUAGUAGUAAGUAUCUUGGGAUGUUGCCUGAUGGAUUGCCGGGUCAGGAGGAUGUCGGGUGGGUUCCUGUUGAUAUAGUAGCUGAGAUUGUGGUGGAGUUGGUGGUGGGGGAUUGUAUUGGAGGGGAAUCGAGGCCGUGGACGAGAUAUUAUCACGUUUGCAAUGCGAAGGAGGGAAAUUGGGGUGACCUGGUGGGUGUCGUGAAGGAGCAUUUGGAAAGAAAGCAUAGGGAAAACAUUGAGGUGGUGGCUUUCAAGGAGUGGCUCAGGCGGCUGGAAGAUAGCGCGGAGGGAGAGAAUAUCGACAUUGAGAAGAAUCCAGGGGUGAAGUUGUUGGACUUUUAUAAUGCGAUGAGGCAUGAUGAGAGUGGAAAUGUCAUUAUGGAUGUUAGUGAGACAGAGAGAAGGAGUGAGAAGAUAAGAGAGCUGAAGCCUGUGAGUGCGGAGUGGGUGAGUUUGUGGAUGGAGCAGUGGGACUUUUAA